AUGGGACAAGGCUACUCCCUCACAACCCUAUCUGCAGGGUCCGCAGGGAUAGAUGUACCAGAGCUCUCGGAUCUGGUAUAUGAGAAGUCUAUGGGUGGGGGUAGAUUUAUGAAGAGCAUCCGUGCAAGGCAACAAAAUGGCCUCGUUUUUGUCAAGGUAAUCAUGAAGCCUUAUCCGACUAUGGAGCUUGAGCCAUAUAUCAAGGCAAUUAUUCGGGAACGCAAGCUCUUAUCUGAUGUACCCAACGCAUUGAGCUACGAGAGGGUACUGGAGACAAGCACCAGUGGAUAUCUUGUACGCCAGUACAUUCACAGCUCUUUGUAUGACAGAAUGAGUACCCGCCCAUUUCUAGAAGAUAUCGAAAAGAAAUGGAUCACUUUCCAGCUCCUGGGAGCUCUGCGAGACUGCCAUUCACUCGAUAUCUUUCAUGGCGAUAUCAAGACAGAGAACAUUCUAGUCACUUCUUGGAACUGGCUCUAUCUGUCUGACUUUUCUUCCUCGUUCAAGCCCACAUUCCUGCCCGAGGAUAACCCAGCAAACUUCUCGUUCUACUUCGAUACAUCAGGUAGAAGGACUUGCUACUUGGCCCCGGAGCGGUUUCUAGUUGCAGGUGAAGAGCGCGGCAACCGUCACGUCAACUGGGCAAUGGAUAUUUUCAGUGCCGGCUGUGUCAUUGCUGAGCUCUUUCUCGAGUCCCCAAUCUUCACUCUUAGCCAAAUGUAUAAGUAUCGAAAGGGUGAAUACAGCCCAGAACACGGCCAAAUAUCCAAGAUUGAAGACCCAGAAAUUCGAGACCUGAUCCUGCAUAUGAUUCAACUGGAACCGGAAUCCCGUUAUUCUGCGGAGGAGUAUCUCAACUUCUGGAAAAACAAAGCCUUUCCUGAAUAUUUCUACAGCUUUCUUCAUCAAUACAUGUCUCUUAUGACAGAUCCGUCCUCGGGGAAAACAAAGGUGGAUGCAGAAUCAGCCAACGGAGGCGAACCUGAUGAUAGGAUAGAGCGAGUCUGUCUAGAUUUUGAUAAGAUCUCUUAUUUUCUUGGCAUUUCAUCCCCAGAACCUCAGAAUGUGUCUAAAUCCAGUCAAUUGCCGUUGGCAGGGGCGCUCCUUCCCGUGAAGGUCGAUUUGCCUGAGGGUGCGAACAAUCAACCUUCUGGGACACAAUCGGAUGAGGGUGUCUUGAUCUUUCUGACUCUUGUUGUCUCCAAUAUUCGCACUACAUCUAAAGCUUCGGCUCGAAUCAAAGCCUGUGACAUUCUUCUGGCCUUUGCAGAAAGACUGUCGGAUGAAGCUAAGCUGGAUCGUGUCUUGCCUUACAUUAUGAUUCUUUUGACCGACCGAAUAGAUGCAGUGAAAGUUGCGGCAAUCCGUACUUUGGCGCAAUUAUUGGAGAUGGUUCAGGUGGUAUCUCCCGUAAAUGCCUAUCUUUUCCCUGAAUACAUCUUUCCACGGCUUCAGCAUUUCAUCAUAUCGUCAAAGAGCAAUCCAAGUAGUAUGGUCCGUGCUGCUUAUGCUUCAUGCAUUGCCUCUCUGGCGCAAUCAUCCUUGAGGCUCUUGGACAUGAUCCAGGCUCUACGUUCAGAUUCUCGAUUAACAUCGAUGGUUCCUGUGGGCUUUGAGCCACGAUGGACUGAAGAUGCCACAUAUCACAACCUCUACGACGUGGCUAGAAUCGAUCUUAUAGACUACUUUGAAGUUCACACAAAGGCGCUCCUCACCGACGCGGAUCCCUCCGUUCGCCGAGCCUUCUUGGGGUCCGUGUCUCGACUCUGUGUGUUCUUCGGCAAUUUGAAAGCAAAUGAGGUCAUUCUCAGUCAUCUCAAUACCUACCUGAACGAUCGAGAUUGGAUCCUUAAAUGUGCCUUCUUUGAGACACUCGUUGGCGUCGCCAUAUACGUGGGAAGCACUAGCUUGGAGCAGUAUAUCUUACCUUUGAUGAUUCAAUCUAUGACGGAGGCAGAAGAAUUUGUGGUGGAGAAGGUCAUUCGGUGCCUGGCAUCUAUGGCUGAUCUCGGGUUAUUUCAGCGAUCUACAACAUGGGAGCUCCUUCAUAUUACAGUUGGAUUCUUAGCUCACCCUAAUAUCUGGAUUCGGGAGGCAGAAGUGAAUCUGGUGGUCAAGUCAGCCAAAUUUUUGUCUGUGGCUGACGUUCACUCUAUUCUAAGCCCGCUUGUUCGACCCUUUCUUAAAGUUAAGGUUGUUAAUUUUUCUGAGGUCGAAAUACUUGAUGCACUCAAGCGCCCCAUGCCAAGAAAUGUAUAUGAUAUGGCCUUCCUUUGGUCCUCGAAAUCCGACAGAGGAAUCUUUUGGAAGUCAGCCAGUCGAGAAGGAGCCUUCAGUCUUUCUGAACCAGGCUCACAGGGUUUUAGGACCGGCCGUUCAAUAUCAAUGGGCACACAAUUGAAGAACGAAGAAGAUGAACAAUGGCUCGCUAAGCUGCGGAACCUUGGGAUGGGUGCGGAUGAUGAGUUCAAGUUACAUGCACUUAAGGAUUAUAUAUGGAAGGUAUCACUGAGGCAAGUAAGGGAUGUCGACACAGAACCAACACUGCCGUUGCACGAAAUCAUUAAAUUGAGCCGUCAUGGUCUUACACCUCAAACGGUAUUCUUCGAUAGGAAUUUGGACGAAAGGCCACAGAGCACACCACGGGAUCGAAAUGAAAGUCCUCCACCGGAGGCAUCAAGACCACGAACCAUCACUGAUGCACUAUUGGACGCCUCCACGACCAUCGAGCAGUCACCAAAUACUCCCCAUACCCACCAAAGACUUCUUAGGCCAAGAAGCCAGCUUCAAAGGGGAACAGAGCUUGAACAUCCGAGUCACCCCGGAGAGGUCGGACUCGACUCUUCUGUUUCUUCCUCUUCGCCCAUUACCUCAUCGCCUGCUGCAGGUCCUGGCUCUCGACCAUUGUCUCCGCCUGGCUCAGAGACCCAGCGCUCUGAUCGACUAAGUGCUGGGAAAGAUACCCCAUCUACAAUGCCCACUCAGACUGACAACUUGUCGCCAAAAGACAACUCUGGCGGAGUUCAGAGAAAGCUAAGUGCAAUCAACCUUCUUGGUCGCAACGAUACCACCAAGACAUAUGCGGAAACAAGCACAAGCUCGGCAAAUGCAUUUGGAAAGGUAGACGCUCCAGUUCAAAGAGCGAGAACUCCUCAACCACCAGGACUCUCUCGAACACAUGACCGCAAGUCAGCACACUCUACUACGCGGCAAUACCAUGUCAACCACUCGUAUAAAGGCGACGAUCCUGUCGUUCUACGACUGCUAGACAAUGUUUUCUCUGAGAACUAUCCUACAGAUCUUUUUGAUCUAGGUCCAUACGUCAAAGAGCUAGAUCCACGACAGCCAAUUCGCAAAGCCAGCGGAAUGCACGACUCCACUAAGAUAUGGAGGCCCGAAGGGAAUCUGGUAGCAACCUUUGGCGAGCACAGUGGUCCAGUUAAUCGUAUUGCAGUGCCUCCCGAUCACUCUUUCUUCAUAACUGCAUCUGAUGACGGCACGGUCAAAAUUUGGGAUACGAGUCGUCUAGAACGAAAUUUGACUCCUCGGUCCCGCCAAACAUACCGCCAUUCUAUGGGGGCACGAGUAAAGGCAUUGACAUUUGUUGAAGACACCUAUACCUUCGUCAGUGGUGCAACAGAUGGUAGCAUACAUGCUGUCCGAAUUGAUUACCAAAAGGUGAGCGAACAUGCUCGAUACGGUAAACUGCAACUCGUUCGUGAGUACCAAAUACCGCUCACUGAGGACGGAACUCCUGAAUACGCUGUCUGGAUGGAACACUUCCGAGAUGAAGGUCAAUCAACCCUUCUUGUUGCCACCAACGCCUGCCGGAUUCUCGCACUGAACAUGAAGACCAUGCUACCUAUUUUCACGUUGGAGAAUCCUGUUCAUCAUGGAACCCCCACCACUUUCUGCUGUGAUCGACGACACACUUGGCUCCUCGUGGGUACAACACACGGUGUACUAGACCUCUGGGAUCUCCGAUUCCGAGUACGGCUCAAGGCCUGGGGGUUGCCAGGCUGGGGAUCAAUCCAACGAAUUCAAUUACACCCCACCAAGCCACGUGGUAGAUGGGUUUGUGUGUCUAGCAGUGGGAGCCGUGGCAAUGAAAUUACGGUUUGGGAUAUUGAGAAAUUCCGUUGUCGGGAGGUCUAUCAAGCUACUCCUUUGAACGCCUACGAGGACUCACCAAAUGGCACACAUCGUGUCUCUCGCGUUGCCAACGGUCGUCCACAAGUCAGCACGACUAGAGACUUCGAUGCAUGGCCUGUAGACGAAGACCGCCCGGAAGGAAUGCUCAGUCGCUUUGCUACAGUCAACCCGGAGGCAGAUAAGCCACGAAUAACAACCGAAAAGGACUCAUCCUCACCACCAAGUGCACCCUCUGGUGAUCGACUUGGGACCUGGGCCUUUACAGUGGGGUUGAAUCCUCCCGAUGACGACAAAGCUUCCAGCACCCGGUGCGGAUUCAUCGUGUCUGCCGGAUGUGACCGCAAAAUUCGGUUCUGGGAUCUUGCUCGCCCAGAAUCAUCAACUAUCGUCAGCGGCUUAGACAUAUCUCCAGAUGGCACCCCCGCUGGUAAACCGCGCUAUGAUUUGUCUCAACCUGGGCCUAAUCUGUUGGUUACUACGGAGCACCUACCCAGUGCUUCUGGUAGCGGUAACGCUGCCUCCGGUGGGUCUCGAAAAGGGGCAAAUUCACGACCCCCCCGUGGCACGGUCAUUAGUCUUCAGCAGCAGAUGCUUCUCAAAAGUCAUCUGGAUAUUAUUCAGGAUGUCGCCGUGUUACGGCAGCCGUACGGCAUGAUCGUCAGUGUUGACCGGGCGGGAAUGAUCUAUGUCUUCCGAUAA